AUGAAUAGUGUAUUUUAGAAAUGGUAUUAAACUUAUUAUUAAAAUUAUAUUAUAAGUCUCAUAUAAGGAUUUAUUAAAUCUACAUAUUCAAGUGAAUUAGUAACUCCAAUGAUGUAUUUGGAUUAAGAAUCUUAAAUGGUUCUAUUAAAAAUACUUUAGGAAGAAUAAUCCUCAAUCUCAUAAGAUCAUGAAUAUAAGAUAUCUGAUGAGGUAUUAAAGAAAUUUGAAGAAUUAGAGUAUGAAAAUUAAAUAUUGAAUUAAGAAUUAAUUCUUUUUAAAGAAUGA